GUGGGCUGCAGGCCCCGGGCGGUUGCCAGGCGCGCGUGCGAGCGGGCUGCGGGCAUGGGCGGCCUGCGGCUGCUGGCGGUCGCCCUCACGUGCAGCUGCUGGUGGCCGCAGGGCGGCCAGGGCAAGACCCUGCGGGGCAGCUUCAGCAGCGCCGCGGCCCGGGACGCCCAGGGCCAGAGCAUCGGCCAUUUCGAGUUCCACGGUGACCAUGCUCUUCUAUGUGUCAGAAUCAACAACAUAGCAAUGGCUGUUGGGAAAGAAGCUAAACUCUACCUGUUCCAAGCCCAGGAGUGGCUCAAGCUUCAGGAGAGCAGUCCUGAGUAUAGCUGUAGUGAGAGGCUAUCCAGAGCUCAGUUGACAAUGACAAUGAACCAGACGGAACACAACCUGACAGUGUCCCAGAUUCCGGCUCCCCAAGUGUGGCAUGUGUUCUAUGCAGACAAGUACACCUGCAGAGAGGGCGUGGCAAGCCCCCAGCUGGAAGACAUCCCGUUUGAAAUGGUGUUGUUAAACCCAGAUGCUGAAGGAAAUCCAUUUGACCAUUUUAGCGCUGGAGAAUCUGGGCUGCAUGAGUUCUUUUUCCUCCUAGUCCUAGUGUACUUUGUGACUGCCUGCAUUUAUGCUCAGUCGCUGUGGCAGGCUAUUAAGAAGGGAGGACCCAUGCACAUGGUCUUAAAGGUCCUGACGACUGCAUUGCUGUUACAAGCUGCUUCCGCCUUAGCUAAUUACAUUCAUUUCUCCAGGUACUCCAAGGAUGGACUAGGGGUGCCUCUUAUGGGAAGUCUGGCCGAAGUUUUUGACAUUGCCUCCCAGAUUCAGAUGCUGUACCUGCUUCUGAGCCUGUGCAUGGGGUGGACAAUCGUCAGAAUGAAGAAGUCUCCCAGCAGACCUCUGCAGUGGGAUUCCACCCCUGCGUCCACAGGCAUUGCGGUGUUCAUUGUUGUAACCCAGAGCAUUUUGCUGCUUUGGGAGCAGUUUGAAGACACUCGUCACCAUAGCUCCCAUUCACACCACAGCUUAGCAGGGGUCCUUCUGAUCGUCCUAAGGAUUUGCCUGGCACUGUCGCUGGGCUGUGGCCUCUACCAGAUCAUCACCAUGGAGAGGAGCACGCUCAAGAGGGAGUUCUACAUCACAUUCGCCAAAGGCUGUAUCUUGUGGUUCCUAUGCCAGCCUGUGCUCGCCUGUGUUGCUGUAAUAUUUAAUGACUACCAAAGAGAUAAGGUUAUCACAAUCGGUGUUAUCCUUUGCCAGUCUGUUUCCAUGGUAAUUCUGUAUAGACUCUUCCUGUCCCACAGUCUGUACUGGGAAGUUUCUUCACUUUCCUCAGUGACACUACCACUGACCGUUUCAUCUGGACACAAAAGUCGCCCUCACUUCUGAAGCUCGACUGUUGUGGGAAGAGCAUGGAUCGGAUGCGUGCAAUAAGUAAGGGUCCAGGCGCAGUGACUUGUCUCGUGCCUCUGCUGUGAAAAGCAGCGAAGACAGAGUGGGUUGAUUAUGGCACUGCAUUGCAGCAGUGCCGAAACUCAAAGGUAAUAAACGCGCUGAACGAACUCAACAGUAAACUUGUGAGAGAGUGUUGUUUCACGGUGAUGUGGAAAUAAACGUGACAGAGCGACUCGAGUGACAUGCGGUCAGGUGUUCACACUUGCAGUGCCUCAUCAGUGUCGAACUCCGUCCGACAGGCUUCAACAGUGUCCACUCAAGCGAUCACGCUUACACGUACCCAGCUAGCCCAGGCGUGAUGUCAGUGGGGGUGCUGAUUGUAGGACACUUUUCCUGCUUUAAAGAAUGCGCAUCUCACAUUACAAUGUAAAGGAAUUGGAAAUGAAAUGAUUUCAAGAAAUAAAUAAAUAACAUUAAGUGA